AUGAGGUCUCUUUUGACUCUCACUCUGGCCACGGCCACUUCGGCUUUCGUCCUCCCAGAUUCCCUCAAUAUCUUUAAUGACUUCAAAGAUGAUGUCAAGGAAACUCUAGAGGACAUUCCAAAACGUCUCCGCAAGUCUCUUGAUGAGGCGACCGACCAACUCUCCACCGAGAUCUCUUCCGCCAUCCACAACAAGCUUCAAGACGAAGAUGCUUUCUUCCACGAUUUCGUCGACAAAGAUGCGCCUAGCAGCGAUGAACCCAUUUCCAUUUUUGGUAGAACCGGUGGCGAUUUCACAGACCACACCACAUACGAACUCAUUGCUAAGAGCAACUACACAAAGAAGUUCUUCAAGCUCGUCCAGGAACACGAAAGCUUUGGAAAGCUGCUAAACAGCACUGAUAAGAAUUACACCCUUUUUGUACCCACCGACGAGGCAUUUGAGCAUAUCCCCGAUGACCACAAGCACAAGCCCAGCGAUGAGUUUGUCCAGGAUGUUCUCAACUACCAUCUCGGCAUUGGCGAGUAUCCCGCUUCGAGAAUUCUCUUUACCCAUACUGUUCCUACCACUCUCAAGGAGAAACUUCUAGGCGACAAGCCUCAGCGUCUCCGAACAAGUGUUGGAUUUUCUGGCGUGCGCGUCAAUCUUUACAGCAAGGUCAUUGCUGUCAACUUUAAAACCAAGAACGGCAUCAUCCACGCCGUCAACAGAAUUCUCGUCCCUCCUCCCUACAUCGGCAAAGAAAUCAGCCUUUUCCCCGCCCAAUUCUCAACACUGCUUCUCGCCUACGAAAAGACCGAGUUUGUCAAGUACAUCCACAACGUCCCCAUGAUCGGCAGCACAGUCUUUGCUCCAUCAAACGAAGCCUGGUCACGUCUCGGCCCGCGCGCCAACGCCUUCCUCUUCAACACCGAGACUGGCAAGAAGUACCUCCGCGCGCUGCUCAAGUACCAGAUCGUGCCCAACAUCACGUUGUACAGUGACGAGAUCUACUACAGCGAUGAGAAGCAGACUCUCAACAAGAAGGGUCUUGGUCAUGGAGGUGACUUCCACAUUGAGCUGCCCACGCUGCUGGAGAGGGGCGUUGGUGUUGAUGUACACACUUUCAAGAGCUGGACUACCAUUGUGCUGAAUGGGCAUAAUGUUAUUGGGUUCAACGAUGCUGUUGGUAAGAAUGGUGUUAUUCACGUUCCUAAGACUAUUCCUAUUCCUCCUCAUAGAAGGGGCGAGCAUCCUUCUGAGGUUGAUGGUGAGAUUAGUGUUGAGGAGCUCAAGGAGAGACUGCAGGAUUAUGUGGAGGUUGAUGAUUCCGAGUCUGAUUGGGAGGAUGGUGAGCUGUGA